AUGUCUCAAAAUAGUAAUACAACAAGCUCAUCGGGUUCAAAUGUUUUAUAUAGUUUAAAUACAAAUUAUGAUGAUAGUGGCAGUGAUGGAAGUAAUUUGUCUGCUUAUGACUCAGAAAGUAAUGAUGACAAUGAUGUGCAUUAUGAAAUGGAAAGCGAUUCAGAAGAAAAGACUGAUAGUGAUGAUGAUCAAGUAGAUCUUAAUUUAGAAGAAAUCAAUAUGGAUGUGGAUGAUAUUGAUUUGCCUAAAUCACCAUCACCAUAUGAUUUUUUUAACUUAUUUUUAACAUCAGAAAUUGUUGAUUACAUUGUUCAACAAUCGAACUUAUAUUGCACACAACAAAAUUUCAAACAAGAACCGAUGAACAAUUUAGAUCUGUAUCACUUAAUUGGUUUUUUAUUUUAUUCAUCAUUAUGCAAAUUACCAUGCAAAUCAGAUUAUUGGACGUCGACAUAUGGUUCUGAAAUAGUGAUGAAAAAUAUAACUAGAAAUCGAAUAGAUCAACUUUUAAGAUCAUUACAUUUUGGUAAUAAUGUUCUUCAAAAACAACCUAGUGAUAAAAUACAACCUUUAAUUGAUUUGUUCAAUAACCGAUGUGGUUCGGUGGUAAAACAGGAACAAAAUAUAUCAAUUGACGAACAAAUGAUAGGAUACAAAGGAAAAUCGGCACCAAAAAGUUAUAAACAAUAUAUGCCAAAAAAACCGACAAAACGAGGUUUUAAACUUUGGUCAUUAUCUGGUGUAUCUGCAUACACGUAUGGUAUUAAAUUAUACCAAGGUGCUAAUGCAAAUAUGCCUGUAGCACAAAUGAAACUAUCAUCAUAUACAACAGCUUCAUCUGAACUGCAAACACGUUCGAAACAUCGAAAUGAUGAAGAUAGUGAAAAACUAGCUAAACAAUCUGAAGAUAUAAAAAGUUAUGGUCAAUCAGGGAUGGUAGUUAUCGAUUUAUUAGAUGAUAUACCAAAAGAUUCACAUAUUUUUAUUGAUAAUUAUUUUGGUUCUUUAUCAUUAUUACAUGAAAUGACUUCACUUGGUUAUGAAUUAACCUGUACAUUAAGAUCAAAUCGUAUUAAAAAUUGUCCAAUUAAAUCAGAAAAAGCUAUGAGCAAAUAUCCACGAGGUUAUUAUGAUUAUUUGGUAUCAAAAGAGAAAAAAAUAGAAUAG